AUGUCUUCAUAUCGCUCCAUCCAUGCCAUAGCGCAGGAGCUUGAUCGAAUUGAACGAAACGACCCAGAGUCAAUCCUCUAUGGUGUAUGGAACGCUAUUUUGAGCUUCCAAUUCCCUACACACGCCUCUGUGUGGGCGGAAGGAGUAGAUCAGCUCUGUCAGUACUUGUCGUCGACCCAUGGCAGACGCCGUCCUUCAGACCGUAGCCCUGUUUACGGGAUUGUUGCGGUAGGAAAAUAUAUGAGGGUUUACAAGUACGAUGAUGUGAACGAAUCGGUUCUCAAUUGGAGUCCGAAUCCACGGAGAUUGAAAAAGGGGAAUUUGUGGCACCUGGAGGAAAAUUACGAGCAGGUCCAACUUAUUUUAGACCACAUUCGCGAUAAUCAUUGA